AUGUCAGUAAACAAUGAAGCUCCAAAAACAUAUAGAUAUUUAAACUGUUCUACUAUAUCAAAGAUUUUAAAAAACUGUGAACUAUACAAAGAUAUAAAAGAGAAAAGUGGUGCUGAAAACCAGUUUCGUCAUAAGUCUGUUAAAUUUCCAGAACUUGAGCUCGCUAUGAGAACUUGGGUUCAACAAAUUAUCACUGCAAAUAUACCUUUAAGUGACUACUUGUUAAGAGAAAAAGGAAUUAAGUUUGCUCGUAUACUUGGUAUAAAGGAAGAGGAUUUAUCAUUUUUAUCUAGUUGGGUUACCAAAUUUAAAAGAAGGAAUCAACUUUGUCGUAUUACAACACACAGAGAAUCUGAAAAUGCACCUUUUAAAUCCUUACUAGAAUUUUAA